GCCUUUUCACCAGGAAGUGGGAGGCACUUGAAGUGGUAAAUGUUUUGACAAUGAUGGAGGAAGAAGAAUUUGAAUUUGCCGAUGAUUUGGAGGCAAUUUUGCAUCUCACACCAGAGGUCCAGCUGGCGAUUGAACAGGUAUUUCCAAGUCAAGAUCCGCUUGAUAAAGCAGACUUCAAUGCGGUGGAAUAUAUCAACACAUUGUUUCCGACCGAGCAGUCCCUUGCUAAUAUUGAUGAUGUGGUAAACAAGAUACGUCUGAAAAUCAGGCGCCUUGAUGACAACAUCAGGACAGUGGUGAGGGGUCAAACCAAUGUGGGGCAGGAUGGGAGGCAGGCUUUAGAAGAGGCCCAAGUAGCAAUUCAGCAGCUCUUUGGAAAAAUCAAAGAUAUCAAGGACAAGGCAGAGAAGUCUGAACAAAUGGUCAAGGAGAUUACCAGGGACAUAAAGCAGUUGGACCAUGCCAAGCGCCAUCUUACUACAUCUAUCACCACACUGAACCACCUGCAUAUGUUAGCAGGAGGCGUGGACUCUUUAGAGGCCAUGACGAGAAAAAGGCAGUACGGUGAGGUGGCCAAUCUCCUGCAAGGAGUUGUAAAAGUACUUGAGCACUUCCACAAGUAUAUGGGCAUACCUCAGAUCAGACAGCUCUCUGAGAGAGUGAAAGCAGCACAAAGUGAGUUGGGCACUCAGAUACUGGCAGAUUUUGAAGAAGCAUUCCCAUCCCAGGGCUCCAAGAGGCCCGGUGGGCCAAGUAAUGUGUUGAGGGAUGCCUGUCUGGUUGUAAAUGUUCUUGAUCCACGCAUCAAACUCGAGAUAAUUAAAAAGUUCAUCCGGCAGCAUCUCUCAGAGUACCUUGUGCUCUUUCAAGAAAACCAAGAUGUUGCAUGGCUAGACAAGAUUGAUCGCCGCUAUGCUUGGAUCAAGCGGCAACUAGUCGACUAUGAAGAAAAAUAUGGACGCAUGUUUCCAGAGGAGUGGUGCAUGACAGAGCGUAUUGCAGUGGAAUUCUGCCACAUCACCAGAGUGGAGCUUUCCAAAGUAAUGAGAACACGAGCCAAGGAGAUUGAAGUGAAACUGCUUCUGUUUGCCAUUCAGAGGACGACAAACUUUGAAGGUCUGCUGGCAAAACGUUUCACAGGAUGCACAUUGACUGAUGCCCCUGUGCAGAAGAGGCCAGAGAGCCCUUUAGAGCCCUCUAAUCCUUUCUUGGAAGACGAUCAAGGUGAAGAUGAGGGUAGUGAGAAGGAUGGCAAAGAUGGGGAUCUUGCAAAGCCCAGAAAACCCAAGGCUCCUGAGAAUCCUUUCCAUGGCAUUGUUUCCAAGUGCUUCGAGCCUCAUCUGUAUGUCUACAUAGAAUCACAAGACAAGAACCUAGGUGAACUGAUAGACAGGUUUGUGGCUGACUUCCGAGCACAGGGCCCACCCAAGGUUGCCACCGAUGAGGGUGGUGCUGUGCUGCCAAGCUGUGCUGACCUCUUUGUCUAUUACAAGAAGUGUAUGGUCCAGUGCUCCCAGCUGAGUACUGGGGAGCCUAUGAUUGCCCUUACAACCAUCUUCCAGAAAUUCCUACGGGAGUAUGCCUGGAAAAUCCUCACAGGCAAUCUGCCUAAGUCGAGCAGUAACAGUGGGGUUCUGACGAUCAGCAGUCUGCUGAAAGAAAAAGAAGCCUCGGAAACGGCCAAGUUCACUCUUGAUGAGCUGUGCCUCAUCUGUAGCAUCCUCAGCACUGCCGAGUACUGCCUUGCUACUACGCAACAGCUUGAAGAGAAACUAAAAGAGAAAGUGGAUAAAAUCCUGGUGGAAAGAAUUAAUUUGACUGGGGAGAUGGAUACAUUUAGCACAGUGAUCUCGAAUAGUAUCCAGUUACUUGUUCAAGAUCUUGAUGCUGCCUGUGACCCUGCUCUCACUGCAAUGAGCAAGAUGCCGUGGCAGAAUGUGGAGCAUGUCGGUGACCAGAGUCCCUAUGUGACUUCAAUCAUCAUGCACAUAAAGCAGAAUGUGCCAAUCAUCAGAGACAAUUUGGCCUCCACGCGCAAAUACUUCACGCAAUUCUGCAUCAAAUUCACAAACUCUUUCAUUCCCAAAUUUAUCAAUCACUUGUUCAGAUGUAAGCCUAUCAGCAUGGUGGGAGCAGAACAACUCCUUCUGGACACACACUCCUUGAAGACCGUCCUGCUAGACCUACCCUCUAUAGGUUCCCAGGUACUUCGCAAGGCACCUGCAAGCUACACCAAGAUUGUGGUGAAGGGCAUGACCCGUGCAGAGAUGAUACUUAAGGUGGUGAUGGCCCCACAUGAACCGCCUGUGGUGUUUGUGGAUAACUACAUCAAGCUCUUGGCUGAUGGCAAUCCUGAGACGUUCCAGAAAAUACUUGACAUGAAGGGUUUAAAACGUGGUGAGCAGAGCAGCAUGCUGGAGCUCUUCAGACAGAGGUUACCCACACCACCCUCUGGGGCCGAUGGCAGCACCUCUUUGUCUUUCAGUGCCCCCACCCCUGAGCAGGAGUCAUCGCGUAUACGCAAGCUCGAAAAACUCAUCAAGAAAAGACUGUGAAGGAAUAGCACUUCAAGAAACUGUGUGUUGCUUGGCUGGUCUUUACCACUCAAUUAUUCAUCUCACGAAAUGUCAUUCUGCUCCAUUUAGUGAUUGUUAAAAAUAAAAGAGAUUACUUCAUUUACCAUCACGGAGAAAAAUAAAUCCAAGUUCAUCGUGAGUUCUUCAGAAACUUCCUCAAAUGCAAAUUGCUUUUGGUACAUAAACUCGUUUUUGUGCAAUUUCCUCGCGUCUGUGUUCACACAAUGGCCAUAGAUUGAUCAAUGAGUUGCACUGAAAAGAAUGGAUGUUGUUCAUCAGUCUUGUACAGGCAACUUCAUCCAAGCUAAAUGUUGACGUUGUUCUUUUUAUGACAAAUAAAGGGCCAUAGAAUUAUUUGGCAAAUCUUA